GGCACUUCGUCAUAUCCGGUUAAGUAAGGUAGCUCAGGGACGGUAAACAAACCGGCGUUAACUCGAGUUUUAACUGUCUUGGUGUUGAAAAAGUUCGUUUAUAUUGAUGAGAAUGUGACAGGAAUUCAUUUCGCUGAAAGGUUUUAGGUGAAAAGACCGAGAAUGGACGGAGGAGACGGUAAAAGUAUAAGGUUCAGGGAGCUGCCGCCUCUUCCUAAGCGAGGGCAGCGAGCUCUUCCCACCAUGUCCAGCCAAGACACAGCAGAUUUUCCAGCCCCGAAACGGAAAAAGAAGAAGCCAAGAAAAGACGCAAACGGAGAAGGAGAUGUGGACGAUCAGGAAAUGGAGAUGGGAGGGCUCGGCAGCCGGAGGGCGUCCGAGGUCGGAGAUCACCUGACACUGGAAGCCACAACAGAUGCUCCGACGCAGAGGAAACGGAAGAAGAAGAAAGCCACGUCCACAGAUCUGGAAGACAACCAAGCCGACCUGGUCAACGGAGACACAGGAGAUCAGACCACCGACGGGGAAGAAGUGGUGAAGAAAACCAAAAAGAAAAAGAGGUCGAAGGUCGCAGAGUCGCCGCUUCCCGACGAGUUUUGCGUCGAAGAGGACGACAUCAUCAACGACAGCUGCUCGCCGAUCCCCCAGCAGGCCCUGUUCUCAGCGCCGCAGGGUCAGAGCCAGCCGGUCGGGAAGCUGUUCGUAGAGAGAACCAAGCGGUUCCAGGCCGCCGAGCGUUCCGACUGGAGGACGACGGGCGAGCAGAUGGACGGCGCGGCCGAGCUGCAGCACAUGCCGCCGCUCUGGACCACCAGAGACGUUUCCGUCCGAGUGCACGAAGGCUUCCGGGUGUUCGGUCUGUUCUGUCACGGCUUCCUGGCCGGCUACGCCGUGUGGAACGUGGUGGUGGUCUACAUGCUGGCCGGGCAGCACCUCACCGCUCUGCGCAACCUGCUGGAGCAGUACCACGGCCUGGCCUACCCCUCACAGGCCCUGCUCUACAUGCUGCUGGCCAUCUGCACCGUCGCCUCCUUCGACAGGGUGAACCUGGCUAAAGGUCCGGUGGCUCUGCGGCAGAUCAUCACUCUGGAUCCAGUGGCUCUGGCUUCGUUCUGUAAAUCCACGUCCAUUCAGAGAUUAUUGAUCCUUGUUGUUUCUGUUUGCUUUAACCCCACUCUGUUUUGUUUUUCCCACACAGUGUAUUUCUCUGCAUUGAUUCUUUCUCUGAGUCAGCAAAUGACCAGCGAUCGGAUCAACCUCUACGCGUCCUCCAACACAACGAUAUGGCCUCAAGGGUCGGAGCACCAGAUCCUCCACCCGUGGGUGACCGUCAACCUGGUGGUGGCUCUGCUGGUGGGCUUGGCGUGGAUCUUUAUCGCCACCAGGCCGGAGACAGACUACACCGAGGGUUAUCUGAGGGCGAUGGAGGUUGAGCCGGCAAGGCCGGAGGACAAACCAGAAAUAACUGGCUGAAAAAAAGAAAAAAAAGGAGCAACUGUUAAUCUCUUCUUACUGCAACAUUGUUUACAUCUGUGAUUGUAUUAGAGAUGAUUUUUUGUUGUAUUUUUUAAAUGUGUUUGUCUCUUAAAAUAUAGAGUUUAAAGUAAUCCAAUGAUGGCUCUUCUUUAUGUCUGAUAAAAUAUUUAUGAAAUAAAAUCCACUGAACAGCA